CGCUUAGCAGUGACAUCACUUCCGGUCAGGCGACACGCAGUGAAUCUCGGGAACGCGCGAGCCGUGUUCUGACAGGCAGGAGAGAUUCAAUAGAAUAGAAGCGUACAAGCGCUGAUGCGGAAGCAAGAUGAAGCGGCCGCUGAAUUUCUGGGUGUGUGCAGUCUCCCUGGCAACCGUGUGUGCUCUGUUGCUCUUCCACUGGGAUGGUUUCCAUGCACACAAGAUCAGACUUGCCCUGCUGAUUUACAAUAAACAGGAGAUGGCAAAUCCACUGUACAAGUUAGAUGUAGGAUGGCCAAAAAAUGCAGACUUCUUCACGGGUGUCACAUUUGGUGUUGCUGUGGAUCCUACAAAUUCAUUAGUUUAUGUAGCUCAGAGAGGGGAAAAUGUAUCCAAAGUGCUGGUAUUUACAGAAGAAGGAUAUUUUAAAGAGCGGUGGAAUACAGAUUCGAUCGACAUGCCUCAUGGGAUAUUUGCAGUCAGCACUGCUCAAGAGCAUUCCGUUUGGAUAACAGAUGUUGGACAAGGGAAGUUUGGGCACACGGUAAAAAAGUAUUCUCCAUCUGGAAAACUCCUUCAUGUCCUUGGCACCGCAGGGAAAGCCGGCUCAGCUUUGGAUCAGUUUGAUCAGCCUGCAGAAAUAUUUGUGGAGAACUCGGGAGAACUGUAUAUUGUGGAUGGAGACGGUGGGCUUAAUAACAGGAUUCUGAAGUACAGUAAAGAUUUCUGGCUGCUUUGGACCAUGGGAGGCCGUGGCACCCAACCUGGUCAGUUCUAUAUCCCACACAGUGUUGCCGUGGAUGAAAUGGGAAGGGUCUGGGUUGCAGACAGGGGAAAUAAAAGGAUCCAGGUGUUCGACAAAAUCUCUGGAGAGUGGAUCGGAACAUGGAGCAGCUGCUUCUCAGAAGAUGGACCUUAUUCCGUCAGGCUUACAGCAGACAAGCAGCACUUUGUGGUGGCACAGCUAAACAUAAACCGAGUUCUAUUCCUUAGUGUUCCUCCAAUAGGAAGCAUUGGAGACUGCUAUGUUGCAGGUGCCAUUCAGAUGGCAGAAGGAGUCAAACCACAUCUCGUCGACGUCAAUAUAAACACUGGUUCUGUGUAUGUUGCAGAAAUAGGUGCUCAGCAGGUCCAGAAAUACGUUAUGGUGAAGAAUUGAAGCAUUUUGAAUGGCAGGACCUGCUUAGUGACUGUGUGUAAAAUUAUCAGACACGGGCUGUAGAGUCCUGCGCGGAUGCAAAUUUUGAGACCCAUGACCGCAACUGCCUUAUCCACAACCUGAUCCACCAUUAAACAGUAAAGUGCUGUUGCUGCAAACUGUAAGUGACAUCAUCAAAAGUGGGCGGAGACAAAAAAGUUUUGUAAAAUUUUAAUAGCAGUAAAAUAUAGACAAUGGAACAGAAGAUAAGAAAUAUAGACGAGACCCGCAACUGACCAGCGACCUGCUUCUAUACCCACACCUGAAAAUCCUACUCGCAGGGUACCAGCUUUUUUUUGCGAGUAACCGGCAGCAGGUCCGGACUGAGAAUUAAAAUAGGCCCUGGCAUCUCAGGUACACAGAGGCCCAAUCAGCCCACAUAGAGGCCCAAACAGCCCCCACCAGCCCACUAAAUACUGACUUUCUAUGGGACCUUAUAGCAGCCCCUCUGGCAUUUGCCAGAACCCACAGAUUGCCAGUCCGGGCCUGACUGGCAGGUACCCAACCCGCUGUAGGACUGUAACGGGAGAUGCAGCACAUCAAUACUUCCAUACAGGACAUCCGUCAAGUUCAGUCUUUGUCCAAAUAGCUCUUCCCUAACAUCAGAGGAAGGCAAAACGCCAUCUGAAUCUCAAAUUUGCCUCAGAGGCAGAGGGAAAUUCCUUCCCUACUCUCAGAAAUCGGUCCAGUCCUUGGAUCAACUUUGCACUUAGCACUCAUAUCAGUAACCCUGUAUUUUCAGUUUUGCUUUAUAUCCAUAUUAAUUGCACAUGAAGAAGAGAUGAUUGGGAUAAGAAGAUGUUAUGCUUGACAUGGCUGGAGUUCCUGUACAUUUCAACUGAUCUGAUGCAUUUCAUUUCCAGUACUGAGGCAUCUGUGCCUAUUGUUACUACUUAACCAAUUGCAAGGAUGUUAUUUAUCUGCCUAUUCGUCUGUGUCUCUAUAAGUGGGAGGAAUCAUAACUGAUAUAAUGAGACCUUGAUGAAGAAACCUUAUCCAAGUCAAACCACUUUGGUCAGUAUAAUGGCCCAUUAAAGGGGGGAGGGGGAAUGUUUAAAAAAAAUUUAAAAAAAAAAACCCACCCCCAGCUCACUGCCAGGCACUUGCUAAUUCAUCCACUGGGGGAUACCCCUCUAAAUUUUGUGCACUUUACUGUAUGUUCUUAUUCUGCGGAUUGUUGGAUGUUUCUGUUAAUCACAUUUUGUUUCUAUUUAAAUUCCAGUUCUGUAGCUGAAACCAACUAAAUAACAAUAUGGGAGCAAUUAUAGUCUGGUUUGGCUGAUUGUAUUUUAAUAAUUACAACCAAAAGGCAUUUAAUCUAUAUUGGCCCAAUUCAUUUUAUAGCAUAUUACCUCAAUUUUAUUUUCUCAGUGAUUAAACUGUAGUCCUAUUUGACGUGAUGAUGGAACUGCUGUCCCACAAUUCCAUUUCAUUUGUGUGCAUAAGCCUUAACGGGGCCGUUCACCUUUAAGUUCUGACUCUGUCCAUCUUUUCAAAUGGGGUUCACUGACUCGAGCUAAACAAAUGUAUUGUUAUUGCUGCUUUUUAUUAUUCCUCUUUCUGUUCAGACCUCUCUUAUUUCUAUUCCAGUGUCUUUUUCAAAUCAGUUCAUAGUUGCUAGGGUAAUUGGAUCCUAGCAACGAUGUUUAAAUUGCAAACAGAAGAGCUGCUGAAGAAAAAGCUAAAUAACGCAAAAAACACAAAACUCAACCAAUUGUCUCAGAAUUUCACUCUACAUCAUGCUAAAAGUUAAUUUAAAGGUGAACAACCCCUUUAAUAAUUCUGUCAUUUUCUGUCACGUUGCGAUGAGGAUUCAUGUAUUUGUGUAUUUCAUAAUUUAAUGAUUUUUUUAUUUUUUGGCCAUGAGAAUGGGAGUGAUAAGAGCUCUGAUGGGGUAUUUGCAGCCACAAGUGAAGUGGGAUUAUGUCACCAUGCUUUUAUUACCCACAAUUCCAGUGUAUUUAGAGCUGCAAGAAAGCGACGUGCCUGACGCAGUUACGGUUGAAAACGCAAACAGUGUGUAUCAACAUGAAUCAGAGGUAAUUGCAUUAAAAUAUCUUCUUUAUUCAA